ACACACACACACACACACACACGCACAGCACUGGAGGGCUCCGCUCCGGUGAUAAGCGCUCUCCUGUAUGGACACGGCUACAUGAUGUAUUUUGUCAUUUCAGCUAUGAAAGCUCAAAUUGAAAUUAUUCCUUGCAAGAUCUGUGGAGACAAAUCAUCAGGCAUCCAUUAUGGGGUGAUAACAUGUGAGGGCUGCAAGGGUUUCUUCAGGAGGAGUCAGCAGAGCAACGCGGCGUACUCGUGUCCCCGUCAGAAGAACUGCCUGAUUGACCGCACCAGCCGUAACCGCUGCCAGCACUGCAGGCUACAGAAGUGCCUGGCAGUGGGCAUGUCACGGGACGCGGUGAAGUUCGGCCGCAUGUCCAAGAAGCAGCGGGACAGCCUGUACGCGGAGGUGCAGAAGCACCGGCUGCAGCAGCAGCAGCGUGAGCACCAGCAGCAGCCCGGCGAGGCCGAGCCCCUCACGCCCACCUACGGCGGCCUGGCCGCCAACGGCCUCACCGAGCUCCACGAUGACCUGGGCGGCUACAUGGACGGACACACCCCGGAGGGCGCCAAGCCCGACUCGGCCGUCAGCAGCUUCUACCUGGACAUCCAGCCCUCGCCUGACCAGUCCGGCCUGGACAUCAACGGCAUCAAGCCCGAGCCCAUCUGCGACUUCACGCCCGGCUCCGGCUUCUUCCCCUACUGCUCCUUCACCAACGGCGAGAGCUCGCCCACCGUCUCUAUGGCAGAGCUAGAACACCUGGCCCAGAACAUCUCCAAGUCCCACAUGGAGACAUGUCAGUACCUGAGGGAGGAGCUCCAGCAGAUGACCUGGCAGAGCUUCCUUCAGGAGGAGAUGGAGAGCUACCAGAACAAGCCUCGAGAAGUCAUGUGGCAGCUGUGCGCCAUCAAGAUCACAGAGGCCAUCCAGUAUGUGGUGGAGUUCGCCAAGCGCAUCGACGGCUUCAUGGAGCUGUGUCAGAACGACCAGAUCGUGCUGCUCAAAGCAGGCUCUCUGGAGGUAGUGUUUGUCCGAAUGUGCCGUGCCUUUGACUCUCAGAACAACACAGUCUAUUUCGAUGGAAAGUACGCUGGUCCUGACGUGUUCAAGUCAUUAGGCUGUGACGAUUUGAUCAGCUCUGUCUUUGAGUUUGGGAAAAACUUGUGUUCUAUGCACCUGUCUGAGGACGAGAUCGCCCUGUUCUCCGCGUUUGUGUUGAUGUCAGCAGACCGGUCCUGGCUUCAGGAGAAGAUGAAGGUGGAGAAACUACAACAAAAGAUCCAGUUGGCCCUGCAACAUGUCCUGCAGAAGAACCACAGAGAGGAUGGCAUCCUGACUAAGUUGAUAUGCAAAGUGUCGACGCUGCGAGCGCUGUGCAGCAGGCAUACAGAGAAGCUGACGGCUUUCAAAGCAAUAUACCCAGACAUUGUGCGUGCCCACUUCCCCCCCUUAUACAAGGAGCUGUUUGGGUCGGACUUUGAGCAGGCCAUGCCCGUGGACGGGUAGCUGGCAGGAGGCUGCCCGCUGACCUCCCACCCGCCUGCUGGAGGCUCGCCACCCAGCCAGGGGAAUGUCGCGCAUGAAUCUGAGACACUUUAAACGGUGCCCUGCACUCACCAAGACGGCCGACAUACACACACACACACACACACACACACACACACACACACACAUACACACACACACAUACGCACACACGCUGCACACAUGUUUUUUUCCCUUUUGUUUGUUCCUUUUUAUUCUGGUUUAUCUUUCCCUGGAAGUGGUGGAUUGUGGGAAGUGGAGGGAAUGCUGUGUGAUUGGUUGGGAGAAAAGGGAGGGUUUUCUGAUUGGGCAGAUUGUUUUCUUGUUUUAUUUUUAUUUUUAUUUUUAUUUUUAUUUUAUUUUAGGGCUGGGGGUUCCUGGAUUUAAGCCCUCUGAAGUUUUUCUUGUUUGAUUUAUUUUGUUUUGUUUUCUUUGUUUGACAUGGGUGGGAUUGUGAACCCAAGGGAGAUCAAGAGAAGAUUGGAGCCCAAUGCUUACUCUAUGGCUGAACUCGGAGCAUUCGUGCAUAUAACCUGGGUGUGGUUUCAUCGCAAUUCACAACUGACAAAAAAAAUAUAUUCACAGAUCUGUAAAGAGUUUAUUCACAGUGUCAAUAUCAUUAAAUGGGGUAUUUGAAGAGGCGAUCCAAACAGUCUUUUGGCUGGCCAAAUAUACAGUAGAAGUAGAUUCUAUGUGCUCAGAAAUUCCCACAGUAUAUGCAUGACUCCAUCGAGUUCAGCUAUUGGUUUUCCUCUUCUGUUCAAUGUUUGCUUUGGAAUGUGACUCCCAGAUAAUAAACUGAUAGCAAAUGGGAGAGAGAGAGCGAGAGAGAGAGAGAGAGAGAGAGUGAAGGGAAGAAAAAAGAAAGAGAGAGACCACCAGAGUGUGGAGUUUUAACCGUCGGCAUGGUGGCGUAAGCAGCACCUUUUUAUGGACAAUCGUCAAAAUCAAGAGAAAAAAAAAUAGAAUUCUGGUAAUUCUAGUUUUAAAA